AUGCACCCCUCCGCGGCGCAGGACAACAAGAAGAGAAAGGCGGCCACGGUGAAGCCGGGCAGGGCGCAGCCGAAAUUCACGCCGGAACAAGAUAGCGCCGCCGACAAGUUCUGCAACUACAUCAAGAGCACCCCGGCCGAACAGAUUGUCAGCGAUUUCGAGAAGGUGCAGACGUAUCCGGAGAAGAAGGGCGACUGCGAAGUCUGCAAGAAGAACACGGCCAAGAAUCGAUAUGGGGAUGUGCACUGCCUGGAUGCGACGCGCGUCGAGCUGAAGACCGAUUUCGGCAACUACACCUCUGCUGACGGUGAUUACAUCCAUGCCAACUGGAUCUCCUUCGAUUACCUGGAGAGAAAAUACAUCGCGACGCAGGGCCCGAAGGACAAUACGAUCGAGGAUUUCUGGCGUAUGGUCUUCCAGGAGAACGUGGCGGCCAUCGUUUGCGUGUGCAACUUUGUGGAGGGUGGCCAAUCGAAGUGUGCGGAAUAUUUCCCGAUAAACGCUGGCGAGUACAAGAACUAUGGCAAGAUGUUCGUCAACAACAAAAAAGUCGACGACAUUGUGUACACGUUGGAAGUGCUGCCCGAUGGCUGCUCGAAUUCGAUCGUCACAAAGCUCAUCUUCUGCACGGAAUGGCCCGACAAGGGAAUGCCGACGAAGGGCGGUAUCCCGCUGAAAAUCCGCCGUCUCACCAGGGAGGCAGGCACGGGACCGGUCGUGGUUCACUGCUCGGCGGGUAUUGGUCGUACUGGAACGUACAUUCUCAUCGAGAUGGCCAUCCAGAAGUUGCUCAAGGGCAAAGAGCCAGUGAUGAUCGAUCUCUACAAAGAUCUGCGCGAUUGCCGGGCAUCUUCCGUCCAGAAUACGCAGCAGUAUCUCUACGCCUACAGCAGCGUGCUCGACUUUAUCAUCACGCGAAGGAUCGAGUACAAGCCGUUGAAAACGAAGUUCCUCAAAGGUCUGUGCGAAAUCAUGGAAGAGGCGGCCGCUGCCGACCCACGCCCCAAU